CACAGAGCCCUGACCUCAACCCCACUGAACACCUUUGGGAUGAACUGGAACACUGACUGAACCCCAGACCUCCUCACCCAACAUCAGUACCUGACCUCACUAAUGCUCUUGUAGCUGAAUGAACACAAAUCCCCACAGCCACAGUGGAAAGCCUUCCCAGAAGAGUGGAGCUUAUUAUAACAGCAAAGAGGAACUAAAUCUGGAGUGAGACAUUCAACAAGCAAGCACAUACGAGUGUGAUGGUCAGGUGUCCACAAAACUUUGGUCCUAUAGUGUACAAGAUAAAUAAAUAAUGGCUUACAUGCAGCCCAGAGUAUUUACCAGGAUUUAUAUACACUAGAGAUUAGUGAAAUAUGGUUAAUAGACUACUUUGAUUUGAUAUCAUUUUAAGUUCUUAACUAGCUGAAGUUCUUAACUAUCCUAAAUAUCUGUCUACUUUUGGAGGACCCAGGGCUUAAAUCCAGUGUACUGUAUCCUGUGGAGUUCACUGCAUGUUCAGUCAUCAGCUCUUUGUAAUUCCGCCACUAUCAGGUGCGUUACAGGUCACUUCCGGGUUCUCGCGCGCGAGUGUCCUGGCUAAACUCAGGUGAAAAAGGGAAAAAAAACAUCUGUACUUUUGCUUCAAUGGCGGCGACUGAAGAAGAAACCCAAAUGAGGACUAUAUCCGAACUUUCAGACCAAGCAAUCCGGCAUUAUGAGGGCCUGAGAAAAGAGCACGAGAAAACCAAAAAAGAGUGUAAACAGCUGAAGCAGGAGAGAGAUGAGGCCUUGCAGAAGCUGGAAGAUUUUGAGAGAGUGUCACAUAUGGUGCUGCAGGAGGUCAACAGUAUGCAGGAGAACCUGGAGGUUGAAAAGACCUGCAGGCAGACAGUGGAGGCGCUGGCAACUAAGCUGAACAGACAGAAUCGCUCUCUAAAGAGGAAAAGUAUGAUGUACAUGGCUCAUCUAGAUGCCAACGUCAUCGCCGAAAUCAACCUGAAUGACAGUGGUGAUGAGGAAAAUCAUCAGGGGGAGGAGCCUGGAACCUGUAGCUCCUCCCACUGCCAGCUUGUCAUCUCCGAGUUGAGGAAUAAAUUAGAGUCGGCUCUAGAGGAGAAGAAGCAGUUAGCCAUCGAUCUGGAGACGAUGAAAGAUCAGCUCCACAAAACCCGAGAGGAACUCCUGCGAGAAAAACACGAUAAUACUGUUUUGAUUGCUGAAACGCUUCAACAAAAGAAGCUCUUGGGGAAGUAUAACAGAGUGUCUCGGUAUGCGGUGGAGGAGUACGAGGCCUUACAGGCUGAUCUGGAGAUGGAGAAGGAUUUGCGUGUAGAGGCAGAGAAUUUUGCACACAAGAUGUUGGUGGAGCAGAAGAAGCUGAAGAGACAGAGUCAGGCCCUGAUGCAGAGUGUGUCACCUUCUGAAGCUUUAGAUAACGCUCUCAAAGAGAUCGCUGCACUCACACACACCAUGGAAACACAGCGGUUAGAACACCAACGACAGCUGAAGUGUUUGGAGGAUGAACUGCACAGCUCUGAGUUGCGGAAGCAGUUGUCUGCGUUGGAGAGGAAGACUGCGGUGCUGGAGGAAGAGAGAAGAGAGUGUAUGGAGAAAUGUGUCAGAGCUGAGACUGAGGCCAAGGACCUCCGCUUCACCGUGGAGGAACUGCAGAAAAAGCUACAGCAGGUGUCAAAUCCUGUACCCGCCCCAGCUCCCCCUCCUCCUCCUCCUCCCCCUCCACCACCUCCUCCUCCACCACCUUCCGUCUCAGCCAACCCUCUCAGCUCACUCAUGUCAUUACUUCGUAAGAAAAAAGGCAUCAAUAGUGACAUUCCUUUAGUAGAGAAAGAUGCAGCACCAAAAGAUCCAGAGAAGGACAUUAGACAGCAGGCUGUGUCAGAGAUGAUGGAAAGAAUUAAAAAAGGCAUCCAGCUCCGGCCAGUUGGCCAGACAGUCAACAAGGCCAGACCACCACAGAGAGAGCGAAUACCGUCUGGCUCUGCCAUUCAGGAACUUAAAGGGAUUUUGACUUCUGUAAAACGCCCCUCCCCCUGCCCCUCCCCUCCUGCAAGACCCUCCUCUCCGGAACCACAGUCUGAACUCAUGAGAGUCCUAAUGAAACGACGAGGUGUCCUGGAGACAGCACACGAUAACACAUUGUCAGCUCAGCUUUUUCCCAGCAGUGUUCUGGACCUGACCCGGGUUAAGAUCACUCCUACCAUUGUUGACAAAAGUGCGAACAAUCACAACACGCAACACUGACACCUCAACAGCUAAACACAUCUGGGCUGUGAAUACUUUGUAUACAGGUAUACAGAGUCAAGUGCAUUACGGAAGGGCUCUAUCUCAUGCUGUUGAGAUGAAGUUGAGUCAAGCAGUUUUUUUUUUUUCAAGUUAAGGCAGUAGUACAGUGUUAGUUUUGUAACAUAUGCUUCCUCCAAGUCCUGCACCAAUUAGGCUAUUCCUAUGUCCUAAUUCCUGUCAUGUUUCGAGGUAUCUACCACACCGUAAGGUUUUCUUUCUUGACAUAUGUCUGGAAAUCCAUCUUUUUUAUAGGGCUAAUCAUCUUCAUAAAGCAAAGUUUAGUCCCAGUCAUGUUUAUGGAGAUCUACCUUCUGUUGCGUAGUCAUUCUUUCAUGUUCGUUGCUUCUGUCCUCGCUGUACCUAGCUAACCGCUAGGGCAGUAGAUCUAAAUGAACCAGGAUUGGCUAUCGUAUUAACCAGGGGACAACCAAGAGCUGCCGUCCUAACCCAACAAAGUUUUACCAUCAGGAACCAUUAAGGAACGUACCUAUCUGGAAAUCAAUCCAACUGGAGUUUGCAAAGCCUUGCUCAGACUUUUGUUCAACACACAACAGAAACACUUGGAAACAUCAUUAACAGGUUUUAAAGUAGGUCACCCAGCUUAAACUGUUGUCAUUUUUGGUUCACAUUUUGUUCUGUCUCGACUCAAAGGCUACCAAUGUUGCAUUUUCGCUUUAACAUUUGGAAGGCACCAAGUUUUCCCCAAGAUUAAAUGUCUUAUGUAUCAAUGUAAAUGGCAUUUAUAACUUUCCAUGGCUAAUAUUAACCAUUAAGGUUUGUUUCUAGUUCCUCAAAAACAUGACUGGAGACUUUAAUACAAGAGCAUCCCUAUUUAAUUUGAUUAAAUCUAAGAUGUGUUACAUUCCCUAAAAGCACAGGUCUUUUCAUCUUUUAGUAUGUUUGAGGUCAUUUUAGCAUUUUGUGGAUUACCAAAUAUCCCUCAGUGUUGACAGUACAGCAAUAGUGGUUCUACUGGUAGUGAAAUAAAAUCCAAUUUUUCCCAGAGACAUUGGAGAUUGCUUGAGUUAUUUUGUGGUGCCAGUUGAGACAAAGUUAUUCACACAUGCAUUGUGUGCAUGAAGAGAGUUUGGAGACGGGCACUGGAGCUUAGCCUUGAAUGCUUGCCAAGUGUGUGUAUUUUGAAUGGCUAUGUCUAGACCACUAUUAAUCCUGUAUACACCCAAUCAGUAAUUACAAGGCUCUGGACAUCUUUCUUCUCUUCUGUCUCUAACUCUCCUGAUUGUUAUAGUAUUGUCAACCAUUAUGUUUUCCCUUCUUCUCUCUCAUUGCUGUUGGAUUCUUGUUUGCCUUUUUUUUAUUUGUCACUGUUUUUAACGCUCAUGUUUUGUUCGAUACCUAUUUACAGUACAGUGCUGUUCAAUGGAUGUCUCGUUCAGGUUUACAAAAGUCAUUCUUGUUAUUCUCAGGUUAAAAAUAACACAAAAAUGAUCUCUGGGUAAAAAUAAACACUUGUUCAUGUUUUUUAUUGUUGGGAAAUUUGAAGAAAAUUUUGAAUGAGUGUUAUUUAUCAUUCGAAACAACAUUCAUAAUUUAACCUUUUCAAAGUCCUUGGAUUCUGUAUUGUCUCUCUUUAUUUUUUUUUUUUGUUACUUUUUUUUUUUUUUUUUUUUUUGCGCUAUACAUCACCUUUUCUGCUUUGUCCCCUUUCUAAAACCUAAAAAACUUAACACUCUUUAACACAAAUGCAUGGUUUUUUUUUUUGGUUUUUUUUUGCAACACACACUCAUUUAUAAAUCUGAUUUACAUUUUAUGUCAGUUAAAUGAACCGUGAAAUCAUUAUUAUUUACUAAACAUAUGUUUAGAAACAGUUAUUAAAAUCAUGUUGAGAAGUAAACAUUAAUUUUCUCAAAAUGUAUGUAAUGGGGACAUUUGUUUGCAUAAAUACUAUAGAGAGUUGA